UUUUGAAUGCAGUUUAAAGUCGUGCGCCAAGACAUUCGGAGUUGGUCAGUUCGCCAAAAGCUGAAAGUGACAAGAAAUUAAGUAAUUAAUGAAAAAAUAAAUAAUUGUGGUGAUACAAAGCAAAAGAAAGCUAAGGACACUUAAACAAAUUGGAAGUGAAAACGUUGCACGUAAAACACAAUAGAAGUGACAUACUGCUGCUGCUGUUCGUCUUUUUUUUAUUUUGGAAAAGGCUGCAUCGAGCAUAGAGCAAAAGUAGAACAAAAGUUUAACAAAUUGGUGGAGAACGAACACAAUGAACGUGUGCUGCAUGAAAAAGACACAAUAGAUGCAGAAAUAGCUGGCGAAAAAAGCGUGUUGCAUGCAUUUUGCUGAGAGAAGUGAAGAGAGUAAAUAGAAACUAGUGUUAGUUGGUAGCUGAAAUAUGAAAGGCGAUUACGGCAACGCUUUUGAAGGCUAUUAAAAUUAUACAAAUGCGCGAGAACGAAUGAAUGUGAAGAGAUAUAGAAAUAGAAACAUAUAGAAAUAUACGAUAAACAAUAUCGGUGAAUGAGUGCGCGUACUUGUCAAGCUUAUUUUUAAUAAUAAACGCGUGGGAGUCGAAGACUGCGGUUUACGCGUAGUGUGUGGUGGCAGCGUCGACGACGCCACCCACAAUUCCUAAAAAAAGUAGUGUUCAAAUAAACAGAAAAUCACUCGAUUGUGCUCUUCUUUCUCUUCCUCUUGCGGCUGGUGAAACGCACGCCUCAAAGUGCAUUUAUUCCAGCAUACCAUGUCCUCGAUAUCGGCGCAGGGCGUGGUCGAACGUGCAUCCGCUGAACUCUCGAAACGCAUUAACGGUCUUGGCCUGCGUUCGAAACAUCAUCAUGGCAGCGGUUCUAAUUCGUCCUCCUCCUCCUCUACUCAAUCCUCUUCUUCGUCUAGUGGUGGUAGUGGCAAAACCUCAGUAAUGGAACGUGUCACAAAUGCGCUCUGUGGCGGUAGUAGCAGCAGCAACAACAAUACCAGUAACAACAGCAACAAUAGCAAUGCAAGCAACAAUUCGAACAGCAACCCAACCGCCACACCCGACAAACCUUCACGCGGCGGUGGUGCUAGUGGCACGCACACUCCCACAGGCGGCCUGUCCGCACCCUCAAGUCCCACACUCCCUCACAAUGUUGGCGUUGUCGGUACUGGCGGCAACAUGCAGCUACUGCAGCAACAGCAGUCGGCGCCACAGGCCCAGCAGCCGUCACAUCCGCAUCAACAUUCGCAGCAGCCAUCGCCGCCGCCACCGUCACAACAUCCACUGCAAACACAGAUUGCCAGCUCGACACUGGUGAAUUCCAAUUCCAAUAUGAUAGGUGGCCCACCGCCUGUGCUUGGCCAUCCACUUGGCGCACCACCAGCGCCCACUGUUAACUCGAUCGCCAAGCAAAUGAACAUCACUAUACCCGGCCAGCCGCAGUUCACAACCAUGGGCUUAGUGGCGGCUCAAAAAUCGGUAGCAAAUCAAUCUGUGAGUGGUGGCACGCCACUGCAGUUGCGCAAGCAACUGCCCAAUCCACAUCUACAUCAUCCAUAUGCGGGUGGUGGAGUUGGCGGUGUGGGCGGCAGUGUUGCGGGUGUCUUGCCGACGGGCGCUGCUGGCGGCGCUUCAAACGCUUCACAACUGGCCGCUGCCGUUACACAGUCUGCGCUGAUUCUGCACAAACACCCGCCUCCCAUAACCAGCAUUGAGGCGUUGCUGCUCGACGAUCGCUUCUUGAAUCGCUUUUUCCUUUACUUUUCGUCUUAUGAGCGUCGUACGUUGGCUCAGGUUUGCAUGAAAUGGCGCGACAUACUCUAUCGCAGUCCGCGUUAUUGGUCGGGUCUAUUGCCGACAUUGCAAUGUCGCGAAUUGCGUCAAAUACCGAGCUGUGAUCGUGUGAAGCUGUAUAAUUCGUUGAUACGUCGCGGUUUUCAUGCGCUCGCGUUAGUGGGAGCCUCAGAUGAGGAUGCGCUCGACGUGGUGCACUCAUUCCCGUUAGCCUCCAAGCACAUACAUUCAUUGAGUUUACGCUGUUCAUCGAUUAGCGAUCGGGGACUGGAGGCGUUGCUGGAUCAUCUGCAGCUCACACACAAAGGAUUUUAUAGUGGUGAGCAAUCUUGUUUGAAUCCAGCGAACAUUAUUGGAGGGGUUAAGCGACGUUGCCAAAGAAGGCAAACAGAUGCACCUUUUAUGGAGGUCUCUGAUGGCCGUAAUGUCGUCAUCAUCAUCAACGGAAGUAGCAGCAGUGGCAGUAGUGCCAGCAGCAGUGGUAGCGGUGGCAACGAAUCAACAACAACUACAAUAACCAUCAGCCGAUUCAUGUUGUACAUGGUUAACCUUGCAUACUUUUGUGCUGCAAAAUAA